GAGACUUCUUCCUUAUCUUUUCGACCGUUCGCUGCUGCUCUCGUGGACACCUGCUCCAGCCAUCCAUGGCAGCGCAAUACCAAACCCUCAGUCUCUCUUCUUCCUCCUGUGCUCGCCCUUUACACGCCGCCUUCCUCGCCCGGCCGCUCGGCCUCUCCCUUUCGACCUCCUCGCUCGCCCCCGGAGCUGCCGCUGUUAGGCGCCUCGUGGUCGUCGCUGCAGUCAAGAAGGCCGUCGCCGUCCUCAAGGGUACCUCCAACGUAGAGGGGGUCGUCACCCUCGUCCAGGAAAAUGAUGGUCCUACAAUUGUGAAUGUUCGUGUCACUGGACUCACUCCUGGACUUCAUGGUUUUCAUCUUCAUGAGUAUGGUGAUACAACUAAUGGUUGCAUAUCAACAGGGGCUCAUUUCAACCCUAACAAAAUGACACACGGUGCUCCUGAAGAUGAAAUACGUCAUGCAGGUGACCUAGGAAAUAUUGUUGCUGACUUUGAAGGUGUGGCUGAGGCUACAAUUGUGGAUAAGCAGAUACCAUUAUCUGGCCCGAAUUCUGUAGUUGGCCGUGCCUUCGUGGUCCAUGAACUUGAGGAUGAUCUUGGUAAAGGUGGUCAUGAACUUAGCCUGACCACUGGAAAUGCUGGAGGAAGAUUGGCAUGCGGUGUUGUUGGUUUGACUCUACUGGAGUCAUUACUUGAGACGCUUUCUUAGUGGCUUCAUGAUAUCAGAGAUCGAAUCUUGUUUUUAUGUCAAAUACAUUAGAUUAAAUUUCACAAUUUUCAGGCAUGUGGAUUGGAAAUGAAUCCGGUCGACGAGAUGGAAAGGAAUUGCGUUGAAAAGUUUCUUUAGAUGCUGCCGUAACUGGUACUACUUUUACUUGUCUAAAAGUGAUUGUGCAGAAUAUCUUUUUGAAGUAUAAUAAAUUAAUCCAUUUCCAGAAA